AUGGUUUCAGCCACAACAAAAUUACAGGAUUCCGAUACAAUUUCGCCUUCUACAGUCUCAUUUGAUGGUGAAUCAACAAAAGAACCAGAAGUGAAGCUUACACGUAUAGAAAAAUUCAAGCUUACUAUGCAGUUUUUAAAACCAUUAGCCAUCACGAUGUUCAUUGACGUUGGUCUACCACUCGCCAUAUAUUAUGUCCUGAAAAUCUGGCUCAGUGUCAUUAUUGCACUUGUACUAUCCGGAAUACCCCCUUUAGUGCAUGUAAUCUAUACAUUUUGGAAAAAAAGAAAGGUUGAUGUUUUGGGAUGUAUUAUUGUUGUGUCAUUUAUUCUUUCAGCAGUGCUCUCGGUUAUCAGUGGUGAUGUCCGUGUUGCAUUAUUACGUGAUUCUACAACAACAGCAAUUGUGAGUCUAAUGUUCUUUAUCACUUUGAUACCACUUCAAACAAGAUGGUUCAAGAUUCGACCACUUGUCUUUAUUAUUGGUCAACAAAUGAUGGCUGGAGCGGCACCUUAUACAUGGACAGAUAUCGAGGGAGAGAAACACGAGGAGGAGAGUAUGGAAUUUAUUUGGCAGUUUAGUAGUAUGUUCCGAAAAUACUGUUAUAUUAUGUCAGGCUUAUGGGGUGUCUUGCUUAUGGGUGAAUUUAUUGCCAAAGUGAUUAUGAUCCAAAGUAGUCUCACUGUGGAUCAGGUUGUGUUGUAUGGAAAUAUCAUUGUGAUUGUAGUUGUUGUCUCAAUGACUGUUGGAUCAACCAUUGCUUCCUCAAUUAUGAGAAAAAAAAUUGCCGCUUCCAUAGCAGAAUGGAGAUUAGAGAAUGAUUUUACAAAAAAGUAG